AUGCGCAGGUCUAGCACGGAUGAGUCGACCUAUCACAGGAGCCCUUCCCUGGACAGCAAGGAUUACAGUUUCCCAAAUGGCGCCUUUCGUCGCUACAGCAGCAUGUAUGGUGGCCAGUUUGGGGCUGCCAGCAACUCUUUUUUUGGAUUCCAUACCAACCCAGGCCCUAAGGCCACCAAGGCUAAGUACACGUCCCCCAAGGGAAACAAGUACGUUGUCUUUUACCUGGAUCUCUCAUUUAUUUUUCUCCUAGAACUGAAGAGGUGCAGCAUGGCUCACAACUGCCUGCAGUGUAUCAAGUACCUAAUGUUUGUCUUCAACCUUCUCUUCUGGUUGGGAGGCUGUGGAAUCCUUGGAGUAGGCAUCUGGCUGGCUGUUACCCAAGGGAACUUUGCCACCCUCUCUUCUUCUUUCCCGUCCCUGUCAGCUGCCAACCUACUGAUCGUCACAGGGACAUUUGUCAUGAUCAUUGGCUUCGUGGGCUGCAUAGGCGCCAUCAAAGAAAACAAGUGCCUCCUGCUGAGUUUUUUUAUCAUGCUGUUAAUUAUAUUUCUGUUGGAGCUUACUGUUGUGAUUCUGUUCUUCGUCUACAGUGACAAGAUUGACAAGUAUGCUCAGCGGGAUCUGAAGAAAGGGCUUCAUUUAUAUGGGACAGACGGAAAUAUUGGCCUAACUAAUGCAUGGAGCAUCAUUCAAACAGAUUUCAGAUGCUGUGGAGUCUCCAACUACACUGACUGGUUUGAAGUGUACAAUACAACCCAGGUGCCAGACUCGUGCUGCUUAGAGUUCAGUGAGAACUGUGGGCUCCAUUCCCCAGGGACCUGGUGGAAAGCGCCUUGCUAUGAAACAGUGAAAAUAUGGCUCCAGGAAAACUUACUAGCAGUGGGGAUCUUUGGACUGUGCACAGCUAUGGUGCAGAUUCUCGGACUCACCUUCGCAAUGACCAUGUAUUGUCAGGUAGUCAAGGCAGACACCUACUGUGCAUAGAUACCAUUCCCAAUCUUUCUGCUCCUCCUCCAAAGGACACAGGAGAAAUCUCCUUCAUGCUCAUUCAUCUGACCUUCCCCCCUGCCCCUUUGUACUAUAAACUGUGUAUAAUGCUCUCUUUCUGAAGAUUUUGUGAAUCGCCCCACUUUACUGAAGGAGGAAGAAAAGAAAAAGUCAGUACUUGAACUGGCACAGGUAAGAAGCAGCCUUGUCUUUAAACAGAAGAAAGCCUCCAAAGAGCAAUGGUUCCUUUUCUAUGGCCUGCGGCAAAGGCGGCUGCUUACGAGGGGCUGAUCUGCAAACCAAUGUUAGGAAAAGAUUGCACUGAGGCAACCUCUGCGAAUCCUGGCAGGUUGCCUUCCCUGCAUUUCAUGGUCUGGAAGAGAGGGCGUAGAAAAUGGGUCUUCUUCAGCAUGGAAAGAAAGUACAGAGUAGCUAGCACUGAAUGCGGUUGUACUGUUACUACAGUUUGCACACAGCUAAAAUGUCAAGAUCAAGCAGCCCUGCCUCCAAGUGUCUCAAGAUGAUUUUGUAGCCAGGAGAGGAUCAUCUUCAGAAAUAUGUUACUUUAAAGGAGUAUUUUUAAUCUUAUGCGCUGCAAAGUCAGGCUUUUAAUCAGAAUCUGUACAGCGAGAUCUGGCUGUUAAGGGAAAACAAUAUUGGACAUUGUCUCACUUAUUAAUUGCCAGUGGCAUAUAGAUGGUUGACUGUAUAUGUAAUACAGAUUACAUUCAUAUACACAUACUGUUCUGAAAGGAGGUGAAAAUACCCAGCAUCUAACCUCGGAAAGAGGGAACCUUUCUAUCCCAUUUUACAUUCCAUCUGAAAUAAGAGUAUUAUUUCUUGUAGGAGGCACUAUCACUUAUACCUCUGGGAAACAAGUAAUUACUUUCAGCUGUAUUUUCAUUUCAGUAAACAACUUGUGAGUGGGCUCUCUCUGUCAUUCUACUAUGGUUUUAUUUUUUAUCAUCCCUGCUUAAAGUUAGUCUGCCAAAAAAUAUCACUCAUUUCCACACUUGAAGAUCCAUACAAAGCUGUCAGCUGUUCCUUCCCCGACUGCCACCAUUUCAUUAAUUUACUUUGGGAUAUCAUCAUCUGCAGGUAUGACAGAGUUUGCCUUGCUGAGGAAAAGUCUUUUGCACAUUGUUCAUUUUUCUGAGAGUUAUUAAGACUCCAGAUGUUUUUAUGCUUAGCUUUUUUUUUUCCCCCAGCUGCAUGCUUACACCAGCCAAGACACAUCAGUCUUUCUUAGAACUGGACUCACCUCUUAGUUCUGUUUUUCAGCCCCAUCUCCCUCUGCCUGGCUGUUGGCUAGAAUAUGCCCCACACUUUCUGGAAUUUGCAGAAAUCAAAAUCAUAACUUUCCUUAGCCAGAAAACGACCACCAGUUGUCCAGUUCCCCCACGCUACACUGGAACUGAGGUAAUUCGUGUAGUACGCUUCCGUGCACACCUUCUAGUGAUGAGGUUCAAACUAUGGUUCAAACAAACAAUUCCCCAUUGGCAAGCAGCCCCAGGUAAUGCACAUGUGACAGUGAGAAGCUGAAGCACCCCAGGGAAAGGACACAGCAGGGAAGAGGCCAACAGAGCCAUGCAGCCAGCCUUUGAGGACC